AUGGCCGAAGGGGGCCAUGAUCAUAGCAAGAAAUGCAAAAUGGGUAUUGUAGUGGAUGGACUCGGGAGGUUAGACAGAGCUUUGUCAUUGGAGAAUUAUUUAGGAAACCUUGUUUCCAUUCCAUCUGAUGAGGCAAGGGUAGGUGAAAUCAAGAUGAUGGCGCUCAAUCAGGUUGCAGAUGUUGUCCACAAAUGUGUGGAAGGUGCCAAGGAGGAACAUUUUCUCGGACUGAUUGAUUGGGUGGAGUUGCAUCGACCAAAGCAAAUAGUAGCAAAGGUAUAUUUCAAAGAGAGCAAUGAUGAAGCAACGGUUGUCGUGUCAUCCGGACAACGCUUUAUAGUGUCAGAGAUGGACUUUGGAGGGGGACGACCGGAUUUCGGGUCGUACUAUUUCCCAUGGGGUGGCCAGACUGGGUAUGUGAUGCCCAUGCAGAGUAUAAGCAGGGAAGGAGAUUGGGUUGUGUUCAUGCACCUCCCUGAAAAGCAUUUGGAUUUGGUUGAGAAGGAGGCAUCUCAUGUGUUUAGGCCCGUAACUCCUGCUUAUCUAAAAUUCAGAGAUGACUACUAA